UUUUGUACAGCCAGUCAAUCAGACUUUAUCACUGUGGUGGACUUUUGGUGGAGGGACCAAACUGUUGGCAGUAAGUAUUCAAUUCUAGAGCUUGACAUCUGAUAUCAAAAUCCCAAUUCAUUUUCUUAACAGUAGUACAACUCCCUUAAAUAGAAAGUAUGUUUAUUUUUGUUGAAUUUGUGCUGCAUUUAUUUGUCUUAGAAGUAACUUGAGUUAAAUUAAAAUGCUGAUUCAACUUAUAAUAUAUCAAACAAGGUGCUUAUACAGCGUGUAUUCAUUUGGAACAGGGUUAUUGUUGAAAUCAGAGUGAUUUAGCUAAAUAUAGCUUUAUAAAGAGCGAAAGCAGUGUCUCUAUAGUGUCAGAGGUUUUUCUAUGGCCGCUGAAUGAGAUUGUAUCACUGUGGUACACUUUUGGUGGAGGCACUAGACUGGAUGUUGGAAGUACGUUUACCUACCUCUAAUGACUCAUUAAAGAAAAUGUUCUGACCUUGCAUGUAGAUGCAUUAAUGAUCUUGUGAGAGAAGAAACUAAAAUUAAAAUGAAAUAAAUACUAUGCAUGAUUAUGUUUUUGGUAAAAUUGUUAUUCUCUUAAUAAGAGUCAACAUUUUCUGAAAAGCUGAAUAUACCUUUUGGUUAGACCUCAAAUGUUAAGCUAUUAUUUUUGGUUAAGAGACCCUGUCUCAUAAAUCAUAUCUCUAUUCAUUUUAUUUUCAUGUGUCUUAUAGAUAUAGAUAUACUCAUUGUAAGAAAAUUAUAUUCACAAAGCUUAAACUUACUCCUUCAGCAUUCAGCUGCAAAGUAUUGCUUAGUUUUGCUAUCUACUUGCUAUUUAUUUUUUGCUAUCUUAUUUGAUCUCAUUUGCUAUUUUAUUUGCUAUUUGAUAUCUAUUGAAAAGUGUUGUUAUCGAGCGAAGUCCUGCUGUCCUGCUGUUCAUAUGAAUGUACAUUUGGUUUCAACUUGAUAGAAUGUCUCGUAAAUUACAGUAUAGUUGUAUUCAUUUUCUUUCAACAAAUUAAAACUUUUGUGUUAGUGUAUGUUAUUUGUAGAUGGUUACAGUCAACUGGAAUUUACUUCCUACGCAUAGGCUUAUUUUCAACAGAUUUGAAAUGAAUUCAUAAUUUAAGAAUAGGUUGUACAUUCUGUGGAAUGUUCUUUAAAAUAAUAAUAAAUAAUAAUGAAAUGCAGUUUGAUUUCUAAGAGUUUAUUCCAUUACAAUGAGGGAGAAGUAUGCUGAAAUAUUUACAAUUUUAAAUAGUUAAAUUUUGAAGAUAGUUUAAUGUAUUUUCAGUAAUCUCAUGUAGUUAUAAUAUGCUUCAGUAGCUACUCAAAGGGAAGUGAAAGAGUGACAGAAAGAAUGAUAAACUAACUGUCUGUUUGAGGAAUAGAAACUUACUGAUGGAAAAAACCUUCAUUUACAGCUAAAAUGUUAAACUGCUCCAUCAUUAUUGUCGUAUCAGUCUGGUGAUCGAUUGAUAGCUCCCCGCUCCCUAACAUCCCACCUGUCUUCUAGGUGACGUUCGUCCCACCCUGACAGUCCUUCUUCCCUCCAGUGUGACGCUGCAGCAGACGAAGGCCACUCUCAUGUGCCUGGCCAACAAGGGCUUCCCCUCAGACUGGAAGCUGAUCUGGAAGGUGGACGGUAGCAGCAGCAACACCUGGGAGGUGACUGGGAGCCCCGGGGUCCUGGAGAAGGAAGGCCACUACAGCUGGAGCAGCACCCUGACCCUUCCUGUCGACCAGUGGAGGAAGGUGGGCUCUGUGAACUGUGAGGCCACCCAGGGCUCCCAGUCUCCACUCUCUGAGACACUGAGGAGAGACCAGUGUUCUGAU